AUGUACACCAAACCAGUCAUUCUCCAGCCUCCAUGUACACCAAACCAGUCAUUCUCCAGCCUCCAUGUACACCAAACCAGUCACUCUCCAGCUUCCAUGUACACCAAACCAGUCAUUCUCCAGCCUCCAUGUACACCUAAACCACCGCCAGUUCUCCAGCCUCCAUGUAUCACCACUAAGUCACUCUCCAGCCUCCAUUGUACACCAAACAGUCACUCUCCAGCCUCCAUGUACACCAAACCAGUCAACUCCUCCAGCCUCCAUGUACACACAAAACCAGUCAUUCUCCAAGCAUGUACACCAAACCAGUCGUUACUCUCCAUGCCUCCAUGUACACCACCAGUCAUUCUCCAUCCUCCAGGUACCACCAAACCAGGCAUCCACCAUGCCUCCAUACGACCAAACCAGUCACUCUGCCAGCCUCCAGUACACCACCAUUCACUCUCCAGCCUCCAUGAUACACCAAAAACAGUCCACCUUCUCCGAGCCUCCAUGUACACCAACCAGUCACUCUCCAGUCAUCCGAUGUCCACCCCAAACCAGUCAUAA